CGCUAUCGCUAUGUGUGGCAAUUUCGCGAACGAAUGGCUGCUUCUCUUAAGACUUGACCCAACAGCGGUUUAGUGCGCGUAGCGCGUUUUCUUUUUUCCACCGUUAAUUUCGUGUGUUGAAUAAUCAGCUUAAAUAUUUACUUGUUGACAUCUUCUUGUUCUGAUAUUCCCGCUUUAUUUUAGUGUAACAGAUUAAAGCUGCAAAUUAUAUAUUAUCAGUGCUGGCCACUUAAUGUAUAAAAUGGAACAAGUCGAUGAUGGUUCUUACCAUUAUGCAGAUCGAAACAAUGGUGCAGAUGAUGCUAUUAUGAGUUUGGUUGGAGCUGAUGAAAGAGUAGCAAUCUUAGAUGCUGGUGCUCAAUAUGGAAAAGUUAUAGAUCGCAAAGUUCGCGAACUUAAUGUUCAUAGUGAAAUUUUACCACUUGACACACCAGCUUUCACCCUUAAAGAAAAAGGAUACAAGGCCAUUAUUAUUUCUGGUGGACCAAGUUCUGUAUAUGCAGAAGAUGCACCAAGGUAUGAUGCAGAUAUCUUUCGAAUAGGUAUUCCUGUUUUAGGAAUAUGCUAUGGUAUGCAAAUGAUGAAUAAAGAAUUUGGUGGAACAGUAAUUAGAAAGGAAGGUCGAGAAGAUGGACAAUUUUCCAUUGAAGUGGAUAGCAAGUCCCUUUUAUUUAAAGGUUUGCAAAAAGAUCAAACAGUCCUACUGACUCAUGGUGAUAGUGUAGAUAGAGUAGCUGAAUGUUUUCGUACAACAGCAAGAUCAUCAAAUUUUGUUGCUGCUAUUGCAAGUGAUAAAUUGAAUUUGUAUGGUGUACAAUUUCAUCCAGAGGUAGAUUUAACGAGCAAUGGUAAAACUAUGUUGCACAAUUUUCUUUUUGGUGUAGCUGGCCUUACUGGCAAUUAUACUCUUCGAGAUCGAGAAACACAGUGUAUUCAAUACAUAAGUGAAACUGUUGGUAACAAUAAAGUUUUGUUGCUAGUCAGUGGUGGUGUAGAUUCAACAGUUUGUGCAGCAUUACUUCAUAAAGCUUUGAACAAGGAUCAAGUUAUAGCUGUACAUAUCAAUAAUGGAUUUAUGCGAAAAGGUGAAACUCCAUUAGUUGAACAAAGCCUUGCCCAAAUCGGAAUAAAAUUGAGAGUAAUCAAUGCUACUCAUACUUUUCUUCACGGUACAACUAUAGCAUCUAAUAUGGGAAGCAUUAAUGAUAACUCAAAUACUGGUUCUAAUGAAUCUCAACAAAAUUCAUCUACAAUGUUUUAUGUAGUAGUUAAUAAAACUACUCGAGAGGUUAAUAUUUUCCCCAAACCAAAACUUACAAAAAUGCUUUGUACGACCACAAAUCCAGAAGAAAAACGUAAGAUUAUCGGUGAUGUUUUCGUACAUGUAGCUAAUGAAGCAAUGGCAGAAAUGGGUCUAAGGCCUGAAGAAGUUUUUCUUGGGCAGGGAACCCUUAGGCCUGACCUCAUUGAAAGUGCAAGUGCUUUAGCUAGUAGUAAAGCUGAUGCAAUAAAAACACAUCAUAAUGAUAGUGAAUUAGUAAGAGAGCUUCGUGCUAAGGGUCGAGUAGUAGAACCUCUUAAGGAUUUCCAUAAGGACGAAGUUAGACAACUGGGUUGCGAUCUUGGGCUUCCAGCGUCUCUAGUAGCUAGACAUCCUUUUCCAGGUCCAGGUUUAGCUAUUCGUAUAAUUUGUGCAGAAGAAGCAUAUAUGGAUAAAGAUUUUUCAGAAACACGAGUUCUUGUUAAAAUAAUAGCAGAGUACGAGCAAAUGCUUCAAAAGAAACAUGCUCUUCUAAAUCGAAUAGAAGGGUCAGCAAGUGAAACUGAUCGUCUUCGUUUGCGAAGAAUUUCAAGUCAACUUCAUCUUACGGCUACUUUGUUACCAAUUCGCAGCGUUGGUGUCCAGGGUGAUCAACGUAGUUACAGUUACAUAGUAGGCCUUUCAAGUGAUAAUAACGUUUCAGAGUUAGCUGAAUGGCAAGAUUUAAUAUUUCUUGCGAGGUUGAUCCCUCGCAUUUGUCAUAAUGUGAAUAGAGUAUGUUAUGUUUUUGGAAAUAAAGUUCAACAUCCAGUAAUGGAUGUUACACCAACACAUCUUACUGCAAACGUUAUAGCAACACUUAGGCAAGCUGAUCAUUUAGCCAAUCAGGUAUUGUCAACCAAUGGUUGUAUGGAGUCCAUAAGUCAAAUGCCAGUGGUACUCAUUCCAAUUCAUUUUGAUAGAGAUUAUGCAUCUCGAGCACCACCUUGUCAACGAUCUGUUGUUUUAAGGCCGUUUUGCUCACAAGAUUUUAUGACUGGUACACCAGCAAUUCCUGGACAUGAAUUACCAAUGCAUGUGAUUAAGAAAAUGGUGGGUGAAAUUUCAUUAGUACCAGGUAUUUCACGUGUUUUAUAUGAUUUAACGUCUAAACCACCUGGUACAACCGAAUGGGAGUAGUGAAUAUGCAUUAAUUGCUUCUCACUAUUCAUUUUUACUGUUUUCCUUAAUUGAUUACGCGUGAGCGUAAAAGAAAAAAAAACAGAUUGUAAAAUAUCGCCAAAAAAUAUUUAACAGUCAAAAUAAUGGCGAACCGUGGAGUUACUGUGGUCACACUACACAUCGUAAAAACUACUUAUUAUGCAACAUGCAUUUGUAAUUAGACAAAUCAAGUGCAACAAAUAUGCCAGAAAUUAACUAUGCUCGAACGUUAUAAAAUCAUAUGGAAAUAAUAAGAAUGAGCUGAUUCUAAGCAAUUAAAU